AUGAGACCUAUAAAGUUGAUGGGACAUGAGCGUUCAUUGACUCAGGUCAAGUUCAAUAGAGAAGGUGAUCUUCUCUUUUCUGUUGCAAAGGACUCGUCGGCCUCCAUUUGGUAUCUGUCCAAUGGUGAAAGACUAGGAACUUUGGAAGGCCAUCAAGGUACGAUAUGGUCCAUCGAUGUCGACUCCAAGACAUUCUUGUGUGCUACUGGAAGUGCUGAUCUUACCAUCAGAUUAUGGAAGGCCGAGACAGGUGAGUGUGUUUACAAGUGGGAGACUUCGUCCCCUGUAAGAAGAGUGGCUUUCUCUCCUGACAACUCGAAGCUCUUAGCAGUUACAGACAAAGUCAUGGGCAGUAAGGGUGCUAUCUCUGUUUACGAUGUAAAUUAUGAUGACAUUCUGAACCAACCUACUGAGCCAAGUCUUGUUAUCAACACCAGAGAAGAUGCGACCAAGGUCACCGUUGCUGGUUGGUCAGCAGAGGGCCAAUAUAUCAUCGCUGGGCAUGAGGAUGGAUUCGUCAGCAAGUAUGACGGGAAGACGGGAGAGUUUCUCCAAACUGUCAAGGUACAUGGUGUACAUAACGAGGAAAAGAUCGUUUCCAUUACCGACAUCCAGUUUGCUCCAGAAGACAGACUGUACUUCAUCACUGCAUCGAAAGACAAGAACGCCGCCUUGGUAGACGUUGACAGUUUUGAACUCAUGAAAGUUUACAAGGCUGACGCUCCUAUGAACACUGCUGCUAUUACACCCAAGAAGAAUUUCGUUAUUUUGGGCGGUGGUCAGGAAGCCAGAAAUGUGACCACUACCGCAGAGAGUCAAGGUAAGUUCGAGGCCAGAUUCUACCACAAAAUAUUCACAGAAGAAAUUGGUAGAGUAAAGGGUCACUUCGGUCCCUUGAACACUGUCGCUGUUCAUCCUGAUGGUGUUGGCUAUGUCUCGGGAGGAGAGGAUGGUUUUAUCAGAGUUCACUACUACGAUAAGCUGUACUUUGAUUUCGAAUUUGACGCUGAGAGAACCGAACGUGUCAUGGCCCAGUCUCAGGCAAAGGCCCAGGAAGCAUAA